ACUUCUGUUAAAAAGUAUAAAUAGGAGAAAUAAUAUAGAGAAAUGAUAAAUGAUUAUAUUAUUAAAGAUAAAAUUAAAUGGAGAAAUAAAAAAAGAUUUAAAAAAACUUUAAAUCUAUUAGAAGGAAAUCAUAAAUCUUUAAAAGAAAAUGAUUUACAAGGAAAACAAAAUAAAUCUCUUAUAAUUAAAAGAAUGGAUAAAAAAAAUCCAAUUUAUGCUCCAUGGAGUAGAAAAGAAUUUUCAAAAAGACUUUCUACAUUUUGGUCAUUUCCAUGGCAUAGUAUUGAAUUACCUUUUAAUGCAGUGGUUUGUGCAAAAAAUGGUUGGAUUUGUAUGGGACAAAUGAAAAUAAAAUGUCAAUUAUGUAAACAAGAAAUGGAGUUAAAAACAGAGAUUAAAACAGAGAUUAGAGAUGAAUUGAAUCAAGUAAAGAUGGGUCAUAAAGAAAAUUGUUGUUGGAGAAAAAAGUCAUGUGAUGAAUCUAUUAUGAAAUUGCCAUUAUCCGAUGGGAAAAGGGCUAUAGAAGGGUUUAAUGAACGUACAAAAAAGUUGGAUAUAUUUAAGGGAGUACCAAAAAAAUUAAAAGUACCUAUAGAUAUGAAAAAAGAUUUGGUGAAAAAAAAUACAGAAAUCCUAUCUAUUUUUGGGUGGAAUGGGAUAGAAAUAGAUGGAAUAGGAUUAUUAGUAUGUGGAGCAUGUCAUAGAAGGGUUGGAUCAUGGUAUUUUGAAUCGGAAGGAGAAGAAGAAGGGUUUGAUGUUGUUUUUGAACAUAGAAAUUAUUGUCCUUGGGUGAAUUCAAAGAGUCAAAUCUCAGUAGAACCGGGUUGGAAGAUAUUAUAUGGAUGGUUAUUACGUUUAGUGGAACCAAAGCUAUUAGAAACAAAAGAAUCGCUAGACGUACGUCUACAGAGACUAAGGGAAGCAUUGGGACUUAAAAAAACAUAGAUAAAGAGUUUUUUAUUUAAAUUUAUCUAAAUACUGAGUUAAAAAG